UGUAUAUAUAUACCACACCGAGAAUCUUACCCCUACUUCGUUAUAUUUGUAAAGGAAUCGAUAAAGGAAAAUUUCCUAGAAGACAUUUAGUACAGCUAUAGGGUAGUACAAUAGUUUGGUAAAGAGCAAGUUAAGGAGAUUAUCAUGUUAGCUAGAGUAACCAUAUUGUGUGUCAUUCUCUCACUUCUACUGGCCGUUAAUGCUGCUGCUCUCCACCCUCAUCAGCUUCAAGCUUCCAAUGACUUUGGCAAUGAGCACCAGCAUCAUCAUUCUGCACUACCAAGAAAGUUAAUGGUCAAUAGAAAAGUUAACGGUUAUGAGGCUAAGGAUUUGGCGGCUUCCAAGGAACAAAAUAAACCUUCUUCAGGUGAAUUACACAAGAUCUUAGUAGAAGUGGAUGUGAUCGUGCAUGUAGCAAAAGGGACACGGCAAGAAUGGAUAGAAGGAUCAGAUACGACUCACGAGUUUUUUACUAUGGAUUAUUCGCACGUGAGAAGGCGAUGGCCCAUUCAUAACAAGUCUUCUCUUAAGACAAUCAUCAAUUCUCCAUGACACAUCGACUUUUCAAUUAUAAACAAAAGUACUGUAGGAGAUAUGUAUUUAGAGAUUAAUGAAUUAGCUCGCUAGACUAGAAGGAAGGAAGGAAUGUGUGGAAAUUUUUGUCUUAAAGCUCAGUAAUGGCCGACAUAGAGGGGAGCAAAACCCUAUGUUUUGUGACGAACAAGGACCCCUACUUAUAGUUUUUAUGUAUAUUCAUUCCCUUUGUUCCCCUUUUAAACCUAAUGGUUUUUUAAUUUUUGUUUAACUCGAUAGAAUAUAAAU